CUUCAUUUCAUAUGUUUAUGAAUAUAAAAAUAGGAAGAAUUCUUUUGGAGCAGUAAAUUGUCCCGUUGAGAAGCUGCAGCAACAACAUUCUGGUCUUGUUUUGACUCACUGAUUGUAAACUGACUAUUUUUUAGCAUAAAUGUUGUCGUUAAUUGCACUGAAUAUCAAUGAAACUCAAAAAGCACAUAGUCUGUAUCCCUCUGAAUUCGUCCUGAUUGACAUUCUCUCUGCACAGUUGUCAUUAAAGUCCGUGCACCUCAGAGCUCUCCCGAGUGUUUGCGUUUCUCCGCUGGCUUUACAGCCGCCCAUGACUCACUCGUGUCACCUCCAAACGGGGCAGCACAAACAGUACGCCCAUGACGCUACGCGCCUGCGACCAAAGGUCACCGUUUCCGGUGGUGAGACCCCCCUCCCCCCUCACGCGUCGGCCCCCGAGGUUCAAAGGACACCAGGCCCCGCCCUUCGGCGUGCCGGCGAGCGAGGUCCCGCUGGCAGUCGUCCACUGCAGCCCCGGGAGACACUUUGUUCACCUUGUCCUGCUGGAGCGCGUCCACCGACCGGAGCCACGAUGCCCAAAACAGUCAACGUUCGCGUGACCUCCAUGGACGCUGAGCUGGAGUUCUCCUUCCACCCAAACACCACGGGGAAGCAGCUCUUUGACCAGGUGGCCAGAACCAUCGGACUGCGUGAGAUUUGGUACUUUGGGCUUCAGUUUGUCGACUCUAAAGGAUUCAUCACCUGGCUGAACUCUGAUAAGAAGGUGAUGGUGCAGGAUGUGAGGAAGGAGACCCCCCUGCAGUUCAAGCUGAGGGUCAAGUUCUUCCCGGAGGACGCGGCCGAGGAGCUGAUCCAGGACGUCACCCGCCGGCUGUUCUUCCUGCAGGUGAAGGAGCAGAUCCUGGGGGAGGAGGUCUACUGCCCGCCGGAGUCCGCCGUGCUGCUGGGCUCUUACGCCGUGCAGGCCAAGUACGGAGAGCAGGACAAGUCGGCGCUGGAGCCGGGCUACCUGUCCUCCGAGCGCCUGCUGCCCAGGAGAGUGCUGGACCAACACAAGCUGUCCAAGGAGCAGUGGGAGGAGAGGAUCCAGGUCUGGCACGAGGAGCACAGGUCGAUGCUGAAGGAAGAGGCCAUGAUCGAGUACCUGAAGAUCGCUCAGGACCUGGAGAUGUACGGCGUCAACUACUUCGAGAUCAAGAACAAGAAGGGCUCGGACCUGUGGCUCGGGGUCGACGCUCUGGGGCUCAACAUCUACGAGAAGAACGACAAGCUUUCUCCGAAGAUCGGCUUCCCCUGGAGUGAAAUCAGGAACAUUUCUUUCAACGAUAAGAAAUUCAUCAUCAAGCCCAUUGAUAAGAAAGCUCCUGACUUUAUUUUCUACGCUCCGCGGCUGCGAGUCAACAAGCGCAUCCUGCAGCUGUGCAUGGGCAACCACGAGCUGUUCAUGCGCCGCCGCAAGCCCGACACCAUCGAGGUGCAGCAGAUGAAGGCCCAGGCCAAAGAGGAGAGGCUGCAGAAGAAGAUGGAGAGGGAUCAGCUGGACGGCGAGAAGAAGAAGAGGGAGGCCAUGGAGAAGGAGAAGGAGCAGAUGGAGAGAGAGAAGCGGGAGCUGAUGAUGAAGCUCUCCCAGUUUGAGGAGACGACCAAGAGAGCCGAGCGAGAGCUUCAGGAGCAGCUGGACAGGGCCAUGAGGCUGGAGGAGGAGAGGAGGAGGGUGGAGCAGGAGGCGGCCCGGCUGGAGGCUGAGAGGAUGGAGGCCAUAAUUGCCAAGGAGGAGCUGGCCAGGCAAGCCGAGGACCAGAUAAGGAGCCAGGAGCAGCUGACUCUGGAGCUGGCUGAUUACAGCGCCAAGAUCACCAUGCUAGAGGAGAUCAAGAGAGUCAAGGAGGAGGAGGCCGAGUCAUGGCACAGCAAGGCGAAAGAAGUGGAGGAGAACCUGAUCAAGACGAAGGAGGAGCUCCACAGCGUGAGGAGCUCCACCAACUUAAUUCCCGUUCAAGCUCCUGUUGAGGCUCCCGCUUCCUCCUCUUCCUCCUCCUCCUCCUCCUCCUCCUCCUCGGACCACGAGGGGAGCGACCACGAGAGCGAAGAGAACAACACGUACAGCGCCGAGCUGCAGACGCAGGAACUCAACAACCACCACGAGGAGGAGGAGGAGCGGCUCACCGAGGCCGAGAAGAACCAGCGCCUGCAGAAACAGCUGAUGGCUCUGAGCUCGGAGCUGGCAGAGGCCCGGGACGACAACAAGAAGACCCCCAACGACGUCCUCCACGCCGAGAACGUCCGGGUCGGCCGCGACAAGUACAAGACGCUGCGUCAGAUCCGCAUGGGCAACACCAAGCAGAGGGUCGACGAGUUCGAGGCCUUGUAAAACACCUCAGAGACGUGAAGGAAGACCCCCCCUCGCCCCCCCCAACUCAACAAUGCUUUCUUUAAUUUGAGUGCAUUGUAAUCAAAGUGACGCCUGAGAAGCAAAAAGCGGAUCCCUGUGUGCUGUAAAAAUCAUACCAGUACGUUGGCGUGUUGUCAUUGUACCGAAUUCAGAUUCUCUCAAUGAAUGUCCAGCAUUUGUAAUACGGCAAUUACAAUCAUUCUACUCGUUAAUUCUUGUGUUGAUUAUUUGGGGGAUUUUCACGUCAUGUCUUUAUGUUGCUUGUAUGUACAAAAUACAAUAAAAAAAACAAAAACAC